GGGGGCGGGGCGCUACGGAGGCGGCGUAAGGAGGCUCCCCCCCUCCGCUUGCCGCUCGCCUCCCUCCGCGGCCGCCCCGCGAUGUGGCAGAGGUCGGUGUGCGUGGGCCUGCUGGCCCUGGCGCUGGGCUACCUCUGCCUCCUGGGCCCCGAGCUGCCCCCCUCGGCGCUGCGGCACCUCCCCGCCUCGCUGCUGGGGGGGCUGCGCCGCGCCCGCGCCCGCUCCCGCUCCCUCGAGGGCCGCAUGGUGGCGGCCUGGCAGGCGGCCAUCGUCCGCCCGGCCCGCGGAUGGGCGCGCGUCGCCGUCGGUGUCAACGCCUGCGUAGACGUGGUUCUGUCCGGUGUGAAGUUGUUAGAGGCGCUCGGUCUUGAACCUGGGGACGGAAAAAAUCACGCGGUCUUGAACUCCGGGCAGGACCUGAAAGAAGCCUUCGCUCACUUCAUGGGAAAAGGGGCAGCUGCCGAGCGCUUCUUCAGCGACGCCGAAUCUUUCCAUCACAUUGCACGGACAGCCUCCGAGUACCCUGGUGCACAGCUUUACGUAGGAGGAAAUGCUGCUCUCAUUGGCCAGAAGCUUGCAACAAAUCCAGACCUGAAGAUCCUCCUUUGUGGCCCAGUUGGUCCUAAACUCCAUGAACUACUUGAUGACAAUGUGGUUGUGCCACCUGAAUCCAUGCAGGAAAGAGAUGAAUUCCAUCUUAUCCUGGAGUACCAAGCAGGUGAAGAGUGGGGACAAGUGAGAGCUCCCAAUGCCAACCGCUUCAUCUUCUCCCAUGACCUGUCAAAUGGUGCCUUAAAUAUGCUGGAAGUGUUUGUGUCCAGCUUGGAUGAAUUUCAGCCAGAUCUUGUGGUACUUUCAGGACUUCACAUGAUGGAAGGCCAGAGCAAGGAGAUGCGACAGAGGCGACUUAUGGAGGCUGUAGCCUCCAUCUCCGAUAUCCCUACUGACAUUCCCAUACACCUGGAGUUGGCCAGUAUGACUGAUCAAGAUUUUAUGAGCAACAUUAUGCAUCAGCAGGUCUUUCCCCUGGUGAACUCCAUUGGGCUGAACGAGCAGGAGCUGCUGUUCCUCACGCAGUCUGCCUCUGGUCCCCACGCCUCCCUCGCUUCCUGGAGCGGAGUUCCCGACGUGGGUGUCGUCAGCGACAUCCUCUUCUGGAUCCUGAAGGAGCACGGGAAGACCGCGGAGCGGGCCUCUGACCUCACGCGCGUCCACUUCCACACCCUGGCCUAUCAUAUCCUUGUCACGGUGGACGGGUACUGGGGCAACCAGGCUGCGGCUGUGGCUGCUGGAGCUCGGGCGGCGGGGACUCAGGCCUGCGCGACCGAAACCAUCGAUACCAGCAAAGUCUUUCUUAAAGCUCCUUUGGAGUUUGUGACCUCCCAGAUAGAGGCACCUUCCAAAAUCUCUUUAAAUCCAGAUGAGCCGGUGGUGCACUGGCACAGAGAAGGCAUCUCAUUCCAUUUCACUCCUGUGUUGGUCUGCAAAGAUCCUGUCCGGACCGUGGGACUUGGGGAUGCGAUUUCAGCUGAAGGACUGCUAUAUUCAGAAGUAUAUCCUCAAUAGAAAACUAAGACCCUCCUUCUUCUCCAAUACCGUACGGUGUCUGAGGAACCACGGAUCAGGAUUUCAGCCAGUGGUGGUAUAGGAACACAAUCAGGGUGUGGUGUGUUUUCUGGGUAUAACUGAAAAAGAGCCAAAGAAUAAUUCCAGGUAUAAACUGUCAGAUACAUUCCAGUCACUUGGCAGUGACUCGAACGCUUCACGUUUAGGUGCAGACAUUUUCAUAUUCAAUGUGAAAGUUGGCUUUGCUUUGUCUUAAGCAUGCAGGGAGGGAAACAAAUAUCAGAAUCCCUGUUUGGCGUAGGUUUGCUGUUUGUAGCUCAGAACGGGCCUUGUCCGUUAGUGCUGGGAAGUGUGGCAGCCAGGAGAGCUUCCUGCGUGCGGACCCCAGGGAGAGCGCAGCAGUGCUCGGCCCUCUCUUGCCUCUGAUUGAUUAAAAAUAAAAGGCUCUUGCAUUAUCUCUUCACAGCACAUUGCUACGUGGCAAGAGCAAACCUCCUGCUUGCUUGGUGUGAUGAUGAAAUCUUUUUUACUGAUGACGUUACCUCUCAGCCCCAGCGUCCCCAGCAGUGGAAGGAGCCAGAGUCCCAAAAUGUGAUGCACACUGUACCUCCUCCUUAAAUGCACAGAGAAAACCUGACUCGAGGCGGCGUAGAUUAUUUUGGGUGUCCGUUGUCUCUGUGACUAAAGGUAUUCAACUGAGCCCUAGUAGCCUGUGCUUAGUUUGGGGGCAACUAGAAGUGAAGAUAAUCAGGGUUUAUAGUUGGGGAGACAGCUUUAUUUUCUUGCCAGGUAAACCACAAAACAUUACCUGUGGUUGCUGUACACUAACUACCCAGAGCUCCAGCUGGGGUGGCUCACAGCUGGUGUCCUUCGCUAACAGCGGGUGCUUGUAGCUGGUAUUUUACAGAAAAGCUAUUGAAUGCUGGAGACUAAUCUUUCGGGGGGGAGGGGGAUGUUGUUCGAGAAUGGUUGUGCAAUUUUCCUCAGUUCCCUCCCCUCCAGUCAGAAGGGUUAAUGUGUUAGGGAAGGUCCCUCUGGAAGCUCAAAAGCUGCAACAGCGUUUUCCAGGUAAGACUGGAGUGAGGAGGGCUUCUUUAGGGUUUGAUGCUGGUUUUGGUUUUGUUUUUUUUUUUUUCUUUGACUAGGUCACUGAUAGUUUCUUUGCUCUGGACAGCCUUUGAAAUUAAAAAAAUAGAACCGUGUGUCCUCGUUGAAUACUUUGCCUGUAUUUUUUCCUCUUCAUAGUUCCACACUGUGGAUUGCAUAGCACCAGCAUUUUUUUGUCUCUUUCCAGCAUGGUUUUGUCUCUGUCCCCUUCCAGAAAGUUCAAGUGUAUUUGCAUUGCUAUCAUACACUUUUUUUCAACAUAACUGGAUUAAAUGCAAUCAGCGUGUCCGUGCGAGCCUGCUCUGCACCAGGAUUUGUAGGAGGUCGCUUCAGGUCAGUCUUUGCACCUGAAAGGAGGGGAGGAGAGUCCGUGUCGCGUAGGCUGGAGCGAUGCGCUGCAGUAACGCCGUCGUACGGCUGCCAGUGAUGUUCUCCUGAUGGAAAAUGCCAUCCGGAAUGCUCUGGGAGGAUAAAAAUUGACAGCUGUUGUAACUUGUACUGACUUCACACACAGUGCUGUCUGUCAAUGUAUAUUUAACUUCUGCUUCCCCUCUGAGCAAAGUCGUCUCUGUUGUACCGGGGAAGUGCAGUCAGUGCGAUGUUUUCCUGCAGCUUGUCCCAGCCAGAUCUUCUGCUGAGUCUCAGCAUUUUCUCUCGGUGCAGGAUCUUCUUAAGACUGGAAGGAUUUCUAUCCAGAUGAUUAUUUUUUAUCAUUAUUAUUGGUAAAUUGUAGCAUGAGACUUGGGAGUUCUGGUUUAGUCUUCCUACAGGAAAAAUAAAUUAAAAAUUUCUCCUUUCAGCUGUCUAAAAGGUCUGAGGCCAUUAGCAAGGUUAUUUUGCAACCUCUGAUGGUAGCCUUCUGGCACAGCACCCCUCGGAGCACCAAAGGCCACGCAUCCUGCCAGCUGGAGAACUGAUCCUUUGCUUACACUAGUCCCCACUUUCCUGACAUUGGGCCAAGCUGUGUGGAUUCUUGAGUUGGAAACAAAACAAAACUAAAUACACACAAGCUGUCACCAGCAACGGUUCUGCUGCUGUAUUUCACUUUUCUUCCAAAAACAUUUGCAGGGAUGUGGAGCUGGUUGGGCUGGCAUUGCCGUAUGGCCAUUUAAAAUCACGUCACUGCACUGACAGAACUUGUCCAAGGGCAAGUUAUGCCUGCAUUUAACAGGAGUGUUGCAGGCCUAAAUUAUAUAUUUUUAAUUUUUUUUUUUAAACUACUUUGAAUAAAUAACAGCUGUAAACAAGUAUGAAAAAGGGGUUUCUUGCUUGGAAUUCAUCUGGGCCUAAAGGCUAAACUCUUAAUUAUUAUUAUUAUUAACGCCUUCCUGUUCUCUCACCAGGCAAUAUUUCUUCUUUGGCCUGCUGUUGGUGCACUGCGAGUGCCUGGCACCCUGAGUCACUUCUCAAAUGUCAGUAGCUGGUGAUGGCUGGCCUGCUGCUCUAGCUCUGUAUCGGCUUUGGCCGGGCGGAUAGAGCUCACCGGGUCACCAAAUUCACUUACCAAGGAUAAUUCCUGACAUGCAUGACCUGUUAAUCAGGUGUGCCACUGGGAUCCCUGAUAAAGUUUUGAAACAAUCUGUAUGAUAAUAAAACCCGGGCUUGAAGGGCGGGACCCAGCGGCCCGUCUUCGCUCGGUGUUUCACACGCCGUGAACACGCUGCGCUUAACUUGCGUCUGCCUGCCCAACUUAAUCACAGUCAGGGCUGCUGGGGCUUGAAAUCCUCCUCCUGCACGUGUAGGCUGUCUCACACCUCUGCACAGCUACAACAGCGACAACAAAGAAAAAGCUGCUUUGUGUUUAACAGACCUUGCUGAACUACAGAAAUGGAAAUAGCUAGUGGAGUUUUUUUUUUUUUUAGCCUGUAGAGGGGGGAAAAGGAAAAAAAGAAAUUUCUACUGAUUGUGGGGUUUGUUGUUUGGUUGGUUUGGGUUUUUUGUAAAAUUUGAAAGCCCUUGGUAUGUGAGAGAUUUUUAAACAGAUUUAUCUAAUGAAUUAUAAAAAUCCAGAUCUUUCUUCACCAUGAAGCCACAGAAAAGUUAUAAAAAUACUAAAGCUUCAAAACCAGGCUUGAAAUAAUCUCAGCUUUCCCCUGAUCCUGUCUACCAACUCUGUUUUCAUGUGUUACUCAUACCUUGAGCCCGGAGUGACGGAUGACUCAGACCUCAGCUAGCCUCCUGCUCCCGUACAGGAGGGCUUCCACUGGAAACGUUUAUUCCCAGUUUGCUGAAGAGGCAACAGAUGAGCUCGUCGCUGUCACAGUAAGCUCGCGGCUCUCUGGACGAUAGAACUUGUGCGUGUUGUUAUUUCCACUUCUGUGCACCUUGUAGCCACUGCGACCACACUGGUUUGGGGUUUCUGUCUUACCCUUGAUCAAAAACGAGCAGUGCUUCCCGUCUCUUCUGUGUCCAUUGCUGACCGAAGGCCGAGCGGUGGAUGAUGUGAGAUGUGAAGCACGGGCAGACUCUCAGAGGGUACGUUCCUUCGCGGCUGUGCCCGCGGUGAUGCCAUGGCUACCUGGCUGUGGAAGAGCCAAUCCCAAAUCCAACUCUUUCCAGUUUAGAGGCUCUUCACAUUUAUUUAUUUAUUUAUUUUCCCUCUCCAGGGGAGUUUUGCAGCACUGCUAAGGAAUUACCUGAUUUUCUUUACUUCUGGGUUUCUUGGCUAUCUCCUGUUGUGAUGGGUGAGAUCCAGUUAAGUUUGCUCUUUUCUCACGGGUCCCUUUUUACAGAACUGGUGCUGAAAUGUCUUCCUUUAUGCAUUGCCUCUAGCAAAGACCUCGCCAGCUGCUUUGACCCAUGUUAGAUGUUGCUUUAGAGCCCAAUUCCACUUCUCAGCUACUGGAAUCCAAAGCUUGUACAGCAGCAGAGCGCCAGGUCCAUUUCCGAAGCCUAAUGGAAAACGGUCAGCAGCGUGUUUGUAUUUGCUCUCUCUGCCCGAGUUUAUUUUAAGACUAGUUAGCCUAGGGUAGGGGUGGCUUUUUGUAGCCACCUCUGUAGUAUACGCCUCCCAACAACGAUAACAGAAAUAAAAAAUAGAUUUUUAAGCUGUGAAAUCCACUCAUGCUACUUGUGGUUGGCUUUUUGUUUGUGGGGUUGGUGUUUUUUUUUUGCCUUUAAUUCUGUAACAAUGUAAACUGAACGAUCAGGACGUGUGCCCCAGGGUGUGACCCUCCCAGCCCUAUCCUGAGAAAAAAAGUUAAAAUGAAUACUGGGACAGUUCUUGCGAGAAUGGUACAGCCUAACUCCUUCCAGUUACCCUAAAAGCUGUUUAAACCUCUGUGCUGUUGGGCUCUUUUUUUGGAGCGUGCAGCUUCGGGUGCGAGCAGCCUGCCUGUGUCUGCUGGCUGCCGGGACACGUGCUUGGCGCAAUCUGUUCUGCAGCAGUGCUGUCAAGUGCUGUCACACCGUGUUCUGCGCUGCUAUUUCUGGUGUAAGGAAACUCAUCAAGUCUUUGAGUACAUUCGGAACAACAGUAGAAAAAUGGAGGAAAGUGCUGUAUUUGUAUUUCUGUGGCUUUAGUUGGAUUGUUCUAUGUCCUGCAUUAAGUCGGUAUUUGAAGGUGAAAGUUUGUUGCAAGCCAUAUUAAUUGUGCUCUUCUCUAGUGCAAUUAAUGUUUUGGUAAAAGCAUACAGUUAAGUUCUAAACCUGUGAUGGUACCAAAGGGGUAGUCUCACGUUUAAAAAAAAAUUCUCUGUAGACUCCUUGGUUAAAACCAGCUGGAACAGACGCCACAACAAAGACUCUCACAUUCAAGCACUAACGAGGUUACUAGAGAGAAAUGAGAAUAUUAAAGGUUGUCUUUGCUCUUUGUUUUUAAAGUUUGAGUGAUAAGGGGCGGAGGAAACCUAUUUGCAACAAGUUCUUUGUGUAGCUUAUCCCUUGGCCUGCUCUCAUCACCCCUGUCUGCUUUGGCAAUCCUGGGUCUGGAUAAACUCUUCAGUAAAACUUGAUCUUAGAGCCAGAAAUCAUCGUUCUCCUCUCUGUUCAGAGAUGGCAGAUGAAGUUCUCUUCCGUAACAGAUGGAACAGUUUCUUGCAUAAUAUCUCAGGUGGAUCCUAAGCGCCGACCAGGCUGAAGUCUCAGGGAGUUACUGAUCCACAUUCUUGUGGGAGGAUGUUCUCUCAGCAAAGGAAACAGCGGCAGGUUGGAAAUAGCUCGCGUGGCCGUUGCCUUCUGUGCCGGAAGCUCGGGAAGGCGUCUGUUCCAAACGGCCCCGCCGCUUGGAAAGCCGAGCCUGCUAGCAGCCCUUGCUGAGAAGAUCUCAUAGCAGCUGAAGAAUACAAAUGCUGGCAGCUAAGGGGGAAUGAUCUCAUUAAAAUGUAAGUGGGGGAAACAAACGAAAAAAAAAAAAAAAAUACCCUGAAAACCUCCCCUAUGGAUUUCUCAGGAAAGCCGCUCCUUAGCGCAGCCUGGGUAACGCCAGGUUCUGGCCUCACCUGUAUUGUUCAUUAAAAAACACUUUUUUUUUUUUGUGCAGUUUGGUCUGAGAGAGUGGUGAAGCCUUCCUUGUAGCAGAACUGUGUUUUCUAUUAUAUAAAACAAUCUUGGCAGAUGACUCCGUGUUAUAAUGCAUGCUUUUUUUUUUUUUUUGUAGUGCAUUUAUGUGUGGCGCUUAUUAUUUUAGUAAACUUUGUUUUUCUUCAUUCAGCACCGAGGCUUGUCUGUCUCUGUAGAAGAGGCUUUGCCAACUGAAACCCACCUCCCAAGGGGGAAGUCUGUGUCUUAAGCAAGAACAGGACGUUGAGCAGGACCCGAGGUCCACCUUGCUCAAUAUUGCCUGUCAGUGACCACAACUGGGCAAACAAGAUCGCGUACAGGAGCACAGCGAGAACAUGGUAAUGCUGCCCGUAUCAUAAAUCAGCAUCCAGUUGUCUCAGGGACCUCAAAACCAGAUUUGUCUGGGUUGAAUACACGUUGCUGGACAGGUAGAUCAUUACUCCUGGCUGAAACAAGGUCCUGCUGCCCAGGCCUUGCUGUUCGAGUGUCUUCUAGUUGCUCUCCUGUGAGGAAGCCAAGCUGCAGUCUGCCUUGUAAGCUGUAUGAUUUAACCUUGUUAAUGACAGAAUUUUUUCUAAGAAGGGGGAGGAAAAGUCCUAAAGCAGAUGGUUUCUACUUCCCUAGAAAUUAAGCUCAUUAUUCUUUUCCAUCUUAAAAUUUCCAUUAUGGAGGGGGAAAGAGAAGAUUAGAAUUAUGGCUGAUGCCAGAAACAGGUUUUGGAACAUAAGGUGUGAUUUCCAAAAUCCCUAAAUGACUUAGUACCGUCCUGCUGAAAAAUCCCCUGCUUAAUUCCAGUUGAAAGAACAGUCCGGCCUCAUUCCCAUCAUCAGAUAACAUAAAAAAAGCUCUCCAUAAACAUCCUGUGAGUUUACUGUAGGCAAGUGCCAUCACUGCAGGGGGAGGAGAGGGGACAGGACCAGGAAUUGCUGUUCUCUUCAUUAUUCAACUGUAAUUACCUAUUUAAAACCCCUUCCUUAGAUGGGAAGCUCCCUUCUGCUCUGUUCAAAUCCAGAAAGGAACAAGGCGCUACUGCUCCUUUUCACAGAAGGAGAAUUUGUUAAUCAUCUGCAUAAGCUUUUCACCAAAUAGAUAUUUAUUUUAAAUACCUUCACAGUACUGCCAAAUGUAGGACACCCUAUGUAUGAACAGUUAUUAGUGUAUAUAUAUAACAUAACGUUAUUAUGUGUAACAUUUACCCUAUACAAGCAUCCUCACAGCCAAGAAGGUAACGGGUCGCACCAGCGGGCCUGGGUGAGAGAAGAGGGAUCUUUGUGCCCGUGGUGGGCUGUAAGUUGGGAACAGCGGUGGGCCGAGGGCUGCUCCCCAUCUCCUGGGAACAGCAAACGCGGCGGGGAAUGCCGCAGUCUUUUUUUUUUUUUUUUUUUUUUUUACAGCAAGUGGAAGGCGGGGGAAAGCGGCUAGGAAAA